CGUCCCUCUGUCCCGCCCCGGCCAUGGCGGCGCGGCUGUGGCGGCUCUGCAACCUCCUCAUGGCCGCCUUCUUCGGGCUGGCGGCCGCCGUGCAGGUGAACGACCCCGACGCGGGGCUGUGGACGGUUGUCUACUUAGUGCCAGCUGCCCUGACACUGCUUGUCAGCAUCAACCCUUCAAUAACAGACAAUGGUGUUUGGAGGAGCCUCUGUGACCUUCAUUCUGCUGGCUGUGUUGUUGGGACCAUUGCCUUGGCUUGCUCUUUGUUUGCUCACGCUCAAGGAAACAUUUUUCAUGAAGAGGAAGGCAGAGAAUUGUUUGGUCUGGUGAUUAUUGCAAUAUGGAUGAGUCUUUGUCGCAGUUCAGCAAAGAGUCCCCUGGGAGGAGCUCGUUUGGUUGCUGCAGUUGUUGUUGCCCUCUUCCCCUUUGUUUCGUGGCUGUACAUUUAUGUGAACAAAGACGUGCGAGAAUCUUGGCCAACACACUGCAAAACCGUGAUGUGAUUGGGUGGGAGAAAGUCUGCAGUGACUAUUACAGGAACUGUGCUGACCUUAUUUGCCUUUGGUUUUGGUGCUUAAUGAAAGGUGUCAGUUUGAUAGGACCCAAGAAUACCUGGCUGCUUCCAGCAGUGCCAGCUGAGAUUUGGUAAAAUGCUGAGGAACACUGUCAAAUCUGAGUGGGGGAUUUUUCUAUGGAAACUGUUAAUCUUGCUGCUUCUUAAAUUUUCCAAGCACCUUGACCUAAUGUCUGUCCUGAUGGUAUAUUCAAGGUGUCACUGUAUCCCUGGAUUACUCUCCAAUCACCUCAUAGUUUGGGAUAUCUAAAAUUUACUAUUCUGUAAUAUAAGGGGCAAAUAAAGCAAAUACUAUUUUUAAUAAAUGACUGUUUACAGCCACAGAACUUUCAAAAAUGUGCCUGGAUAAUCCAUUUCAGACUUCUUGGAAAACUUGAGCAGUCUGUAUUUCUGUCCUGUGCUAAAAUCAUAUGUAGAAUAUAUCUGAAAAAAAAUAUUUUUGCUAUUAUCUUUAACUGAAAGUCACUGGUUUUACUGAGUAAUAAACACUAUUUUUUAUAAGAAAA